AUGCUGACGCGUUUGUCUCCCAACACAGUAUUGCGUUUCGUCUUCCCGUUCCAUGGCAGACAAGUUCCUAUUCCUAUGGUGACAGUUCCGUCGCUCUGUCAGCAACUCAACCCGAUACAAUUUACCCUAAACACUGUCACAUCACCAUUGCCAACCGUCAUUCACAUUCAAUUGCAUUUACAACCCCCCACCCACCCCUAUCUCCUUACCUUACACGUAUUUCAACACUUUACUGUUGCGUCGCGCCAUCUACCGUCAUUCGCGCUUAUUUCCGUGGUACUCAACUACGGUAUUCCUAAUUAUUUAUUAUUCACCGCCCCAUCUUUGUUCCACGGUAUUUCUUGUUUUGUCUUUCCUUCCUUCUUUCCUUCUUUCCAACAUGUUUCUUUUUUUAUUUGUUUCUUUUUUGUUUUAUUCUUUCUUUUCUAUUUUUCUUUCUUCCUUCGUUCAUUCCUUCAUUCUUUUCGUCCUUCUUUCCUUCCUUUCGUCCUUCUUUCCUUCCUGCCAACAUUCCCCCCCUUUUAUUUCUUUCUUUGUUUUUUUUUCCAUUCUAUUCUAUCCUUCUUUCUUUAUUUCUCCCUUCCUUCUUAUACUCAUUCUUUUCGUACUUCUUUCCUCCCUUCCUUGGUUGCUUCCUUUCUUCAUUCUUUUAGUUCUUCUUUCUUUCUUCCUUCAUUCCUUCAUUCAUUCAUUCCUUCUUUUCGUACUUCCUUCCGUCUCUCCUUCUUUCAUUGCUUCCUUCUUUCCCUCAUUCUUACUUUUAUUCCUUCAUUUAUUCAUUCUUUUCAGAUAUUCUUCCUUCCUUCUUUCAUUCUUCUCUUACUUCCUUCUUUCCCCGCUUCCAUUAUUGCCACCCACUUUCUUUCCACUUUUCCUUCCUUCCUACCUUCCUUCCUUCUGUUUAUCUUUCUUUCUUUUUUUCUUUCUUUCUUUCUUUCUUUCUUUCUUUCUUUCUUUCUUUCCUCGCUUCCACCAUUGCCACCCUCUUUCUUUCUUUCUUUCUUUCUUUCUUUCUUUCUUUCUUUCUUUCUUUCUUCGCUUCCACCAUUGCCAACCUCUUUCUUUCUUUUUUUCUUUCUUUCUUCGCUUUCAUCAUUGCCACCCUCUUUCUUUCUUUCUUUCUUUCUUUCUUUCUUUCUUUCUUUCUUUCUUCGCUUCCAUCAUUGCCACCCUCUUUUUUCUUUCUUUCUUUCUUUCUUUCUUUCUUUCUUUCUUCAUUGCCACCCUCUUUCUUUCUUUCUUUCUUUCUUUCUUUCUUUCUUCCUUCUCGAUAUUUCUCUUUCUUUACUUUUUCGUCUUCAUUGA